GGCACUACUGAAAAGCAGAGAAACCGCCGAGCAACCACCCAUGAAGAAGAAGAAGAAGAAGAGAAGCCGAAGGUGGUGGUGAUUAUGGGACCCACAGGUUCCGGAAAGUCCAAGCUCGCCAUUGACUUGGCAUCCCACUUUCCUGUCGAGGUAAUCAACGCCGAUUCAAUGCAGGUCUACGAUGGCCUCGACGUUCUCACCAACAAGGUCCCUCUCCACGAACAAAACGGAGUGCCUCAUCAUCUUCUGGGCACUGUAAGCCCGAAUGUGGAGUUUACUGCUAAAGACUUCAGGGACUCUGCCAUUCCGCUAAUCGAUGAUAUCUUGUCUCGCAACUGUGUUCCAGUCAUAGUUGGGGGUACAAAUUACUAUAUUCAGGCUCUUGUUAGUCCAUUCCUUCUUGAUGACACAGUAGAAGAUAUGGACGAAAGAUUUUUAGGUGACCAUCCGGCUGGACAACAACAGACUGAGCUGGCAUCUGAAGUAGACAAUUCCAGUUAUAGUUAUGAGGAUCUUAAAGUCAUUGAUCCAAUUGCAGCAAACAGAAUCCAUCCAAAUAAUCACAGAAAAAUUAAUCAGUACCUUAGUAUGUAUGCUCACCAUGGUGUUCGUCCUAGCAAAAUUCUUCAGGGCAAGGCUGCCAAAAACUGGGGUCGAGUUGAUAACUUCAGAUACAAUUGUUGUUUUUUAUGCAUGGAUGCUUCUCUUCCUGUGCUGGACCGAUUUGUGGAUCAGAGAGUAGAUUCCAUGAUAGAUGCUGGACUCCUUGAUGAAGUGUAUGAAAUUUAUACUCGGAAUGCUGAUUAUACUCGAGGUGUCCGGCAGGCCAUUGGGGUUAGGGAGUUUGAAAGUUUUUUGAAUUUGUACAUAACUGAAGCUAGUGAUGAAGGAAAUCAUUUGAUAGAUGGGUCAAUGUCCUUCAAGUUAGUAGACCUGGCUGACAAGAUGUUGAAAGAGAACAUGAGGCUCAUCCUGAAUUCCUUGACUGACACUCAACCCAAAGCUGUGCUAAAAGAAGCUAUUGAGAAAGUAAAACUGAACACCAGAAGACUAGUUCGUCGUCAGAAACGAAGGAUAAAUCGACUGGAUAUGUUGUUUGGAUGGAACAUGCAUUCCCUUGACGCAACCGAGUCCAUUCUAUGCCAAUCAGAUGAUACAUGGUAUGCAGAGGUGGUUGGACCAGCUGUUGAAUUGGUUAAAUCUUUCCUUAAUCAGGAUCCAACUUUGGUGCCUGAUUCGGUUACCCCAAAUAGCACUGAAAUGAAUAUGAUACAGAGGGACUUAUGGACUCAGUAUACAUGCAAGGCCUGUGGUGACAAGAUCCUUAGAGGAGCACACGAGUGGGAACAACACAAGCAGGGUCGUGGACAUCGGAAACGAAUUUCUCGGCUUAAAAAGUCGCGAGAAUAUUUGUCUGUCGAGCAGCACAGUAGUUAGAGAUCAUCAAAAUUUUCUCAUAAAUGAAAAGUUAGGUGCACAGUUUAGCUGUGAUGUUGAUGACAUGCCACUUUGCCAGUCCACAGAGAGAGCCUAUUCAGCGCACCCGGGUGUGCCGCGCACUCGUCAUCUCCACCGUCGAUUUUGACACGGACUUAACAG